GCCGGAAAUUCACACGAAGAAGAAGAAUACGUCAAUGAGAAACAUAGGCUAGUUAACAGUAUUUGAUAAGACACAGCAGUCCGUGGUGUAUGUACCUAGCUAGCUACUAUCCGUGAAUACUUCAAUAUGUCAUAUUAAAUUGUCUUUGUUGAGCGUUUGACUGAAACAGACGUUUGUGCGUUCACAACGAUACUGACAUUAUAGCCACGGAAAAUUUGCUAACACGCUAGCUAGUGUCAACAAACUGCAAGUGACUAGCGGGUUCAAGAGACCCUGCCCAAAAGCGCGAUGCUGGUAACCGUUUUCUGCGCCCCGAAUGACCGCUCGGAAAUUACAUUUUCUCUCGAUGUGUCUCCAGAGCUUGAACUUAGAGAUUUUGUUGCUCUGUGUGAACUAGAAUCAGGAAUCCCUGCUGGGGAAAUUCAGAUCACAUAUGCAGAGCAGCCUCUGAAAGACCUGACCCGUGCUUUAGGGACCUAUGGACUUAAGGAUGGAGAUGUGGUGGUGCUUAGACAGGCAGACCGAAGGCCACCACCAGCACAAUCAGCCUUCCCAGGUCUCCCACGUAUUGACUUCAGUUCCAUCGCAGUCCCCGGCACUUCUUCUGGUUCCAGUCAACGGUUCACCCGUAGACAGCAGCAACAGGCCCCAACCUCACAACAACAGCGCUCUCCACCCCCUGCUGCACCCCCAUCCCUACCGGGCUCCGCCUCCUCUCCUCAGGGUCUGGAUGACCCCGCCUUACUGCAGCAGAUGCUCUUGGCCAAUCCACACGAGCUGUCCCUGCUCAAGGAGCGCAAUCCACCAUUGGCUGAGGCCUUAUUGAGUGGAGACCUUGAGCGUUUCACCAAAGUGCUGUUGGAGCAGCAGCAGGAUCGGGCUCGCAGAGAGCAGGAGAGGAUCCGACUUCUGACUGCCGACCCAUUUGACAUGGAGGCCCAGGCCAAGAUAGAGGAGGACAUCAGGCAGCACAACGUAGAGGAGAACAUGACCAUUGCAAUGGAGGAGGCCCCAGAGAGCUUUGGCCAGGUGGUUAUGCUCUACAUCAACUGUAUAGUCAACGGAUACCAUGUGAAAGCUUUUGUUGACUCAGGGGCCCAGAUGACCAUCAUGAGUCAGGCGUGUGCCAAGCGCUGUAACAUCAUGCGUCUGGUGGACCGACGGUGGGCUGGCAUCGCCAAGGGAGUGGGCACCCAGAAGAUCAUUGGCAGAGUCCACUUGGCUCAGGUCCAGAUAGAAGGGGACUUCCUGCCUUGUUCCUUUUCCAUCCUGGAGGACCAACCUAUGGACAUGCUGCUUGGACUGGACAUGCUCAAGAGACAUCAGUGUUCCAUUGACCUGAAAAAGAACACGUUGCUGAUCGGGACAACGGGCACUGAGACCCUCUUCCUGCCCGAGGCAGAGCUGCCAGAGUGUGCCCGGCUGGCAUACGGGCCCGAGGGGCGCGAGGACGCCCAGCCAGAUGAGAUCGCAGACCGAGAGCUGGCAGAGGCACUUCAGAGAUCUGUACAGGAGAGCGGACAGCACUGAUGCAUUUGUGAAGACAGCUGGAGAGGGCCUUACCAACCAGGUGGACAAACUACCUCACCGGAAUCCCCAACACUCAAACCCCCAAACAACAUGCCCCUGUCCUCCCCCCUUUCCCCUGGUCACCCCCGGAGCCUUGCCCUGGACCGUUCUCAGUCUGCUCCAGCCUACAUGCGCCAGGCCGGGGCCCCAACACCAGGGCAGAGCCAAACCCAGCCUGGUUUCCUGGGUCUCCCCAUCCCUGGGCCCUCAUCUCAGAACAUAGCACCUACAGCCCAACAGUCUCCUCUCUCAGACCCAAGCCCUACCAACCCCACCCAGCGACUCCUACCCACCAUCCCCACUCCCCCGGCUCAGGAUCUGUCCACAUGCGCCCCUCCUGCAGACAAGUCUGUGACUGGCACUCCCACCCUGGGAGGUUCAGACAGUCGGAUCCCUCCAGAGAUGUGUGUCUCUGAGAAGGCAAAUAAUGUCUCCCUGUCCCCCCUCCCAGAGGAAAGCCUCCCAAUUCAGCCCAUGGAGCAGGAGGACAUGUCAGUCAACACCACAGAUCACCGGACAUGUCUGAGUAACCCAAGUCAGCAGAGUGGAGAAGGGGGUUCCCACCGUCCCAUCUCUAAUCCCCCAUCACUCACCCUGGAGCCCUGUCUUUCUGGAUCCACAUCUGCAGAGAUGGAGUCUCCCCCUGCCUCCUCUCAGAGCACUGUGCAAUCAGAGAGGGACCAGCCAGAGGGGGAGCGCUGUCCCAACUCCGACCAGAUCCCGUCUCUGGCCCAGGCCCUGCGGGAGCUCCAUGAGCUGCUGGUGUCUAACAGCUGUGGCCUGUCCCCCCAGGACCGCAGUGUCUCCUGCUCCCCCUCACACAGACAGGACACUGACGGACUGAACGACAACCACAACCCCACCGCAGAGCCCCAAACCCUGACGCCUGAAAACACCACACAACCCUCCCCCUCUACUGCCAUUAUAGCUGGUGCAGAACCAUGCGAUGCCAAAGCCAACCAUGCUGCUGCUAUGUCUGAUGGAGGGCCUCCUCCUGACUGUGUCCUGCCAGGCACCUCUGGCCAGGAGCAGAGUCUGGAGACUAGGGACAGGGCAGAGGCUGAACCAGGAGCGGGUCAGGGAGAACUAGAACCACAGUGUCCAGACAACUCCAGGGGGGAAAAGAGGGCUGAUGGGUAUGGGCUAGAUGCCAGUAAAAACAGAGGGACUGUGUCUGAGGUCCAGAGUCCCUCGCCCUCUUCACUCCAAGCAGACCUGGAGUUCAGGGAGCCCCCGGAGGGGCAGCAGGGGAGGGGCGUGGCAGACGGGAGAGCCUCUGCCAUUGACAACCCAGACACUCCCGGCCUCCAUCCUGAGCCAACACAGCGGAGCCCUCUGUCCAUGGCUGUGGGUUCACCUGAGGAUGACUCCGGCCUUUCGCCCCGCACUUCCCCUCCUCAGGCCCUGGGCCCCCAACACCCCUCCUCUCCAGCCCCUCUCUUCUCUGCUCCACAUCCCGUUAUCGAACAGUUUCCGGCUGAGCACAUCCAGAGGAUCCAGACAGCUGGCUUCUCUGCCAGGGAGGCUGCAGAGGCACUGGAACAGGCCCAGGGCUGCGUGGAGCUGGCUCUGCUGGCUCUGCUGGCCCGCAAGAUCACUGUGCCCACCUAGACACUCACGACAUUACAAUCAUAUGGGAGACCCAGGCUCUUGUCAACAUGGGUUUCAUGUGUACUCUUGUCUUAUUGUUGAUGGUGACAUCUGAACCCCCCUGGCCUCGCAGCCACUACAUGCUAAAGGGGAAAUGCUUUUUGUCUCUUGGUUUCUCACAGACCAUACAACAACUUAUUUGUUCCUAGAUUGAGCCAAUAUGGUCGGAGUUGUGUUUGCAUGCAGCAGUAGUUGGUGCCUAUUUCAUGGAUUUUAUAGAUUGGUAGAUUGAUUUCCUUAAUCCCCCCCCCCCCCCUCGUUUAACCCUGUAUAUGCGUAUUUUAUUCUAAACUCAAUUGAACUGCCCCAUUGACGAGAAAUUGUUGGUAAAUGUUUACAUUUGUAUGUGAAAUGGCAUUUGUUUCAAGGGCUGAAGAUGAACCUAAAAUACUAUGUUAAAAUGUCCGAUUUGUCAGCAGUAUUAUUGCUCCGCUAAACAAUUAAUUUGUUUUUAAAUUGAUGUUUGAUUUUAACUCGACUCCGAUUCUGAUAAAACCCACCAGACAGUAAACAUAUUACACUGUGGAAAUGACUGCAUUUAAGAAGCAUUGCUAACUGCUGAUCUUUUGUCUUUUUCUGCCGAUUGUUAGCAUUAUGUAAUAUGACAUUCUCUCAGUCAUAUGAUUAUUGCCAAUGCUGGGGAACCUGGGUGUUUUCAUGUUUAAGACAGCUUGCACAAGAAAAUAAAUCAAGCAGCACUCUUACUUUCAGCACGACUUUGUUGAUAGAGGAACAUCAACAUAGCCAUGGAGUUAAGAGUAUUGAAUAUUUCUGGGGAUGCAGGUAAAGGAGGAAGUCUUCAACUAUAACAGCAUGUAUAACAUCUUUGGACAUGUGAUAUGGUCAUUAAUAGAGGGGGUUUGGUAGUUCCUGUUCACUUUCAGACAUCUAUCAUACAUGCAGAACUGGAAACCUCUCCCAAAGUCCAAGUCUACCCUAUCCAGCUGUCAGAUCAUUCAUUCAUAUAUCCAUUAUCAACUUUUUUUUAAAUUGCAUUAUCUGGAUCAUAUUCAUAUACCAACAUCGUGGCAGGUUUAAUUAUUUAGAUUUUCUUGUACUCAAUUUAAACUCCCAAAUAAAGUAAAACUGGUUC